AUGGCCUCUCCUACUCCUCCCCCCGACCCCCCCACCGCCGUCCCCCUCGCUCUCCUCCCUCUCCCCGCGCCCCCCUCCUCCCGCCGCCUCCCUCCACCCUGCUGGUCCCCCGAUGAAACCCUCGCCCUCAUCGACGCCUACCGUGACAAGUGGUACUCCCUCGGCCGCGGCAACCUCAAGGCCACCCACUGGCAAGAGGUUGCCGACGCCGUCGCCAACCGCUGCCCCAACGCCUCCCCUCCCAAAACCCCCGUCCAGUGCCGCCACAAAAUGGAGAAGCUCCGCAAGCGCUACCGCACUGAGAUCCAACGCGCUCGCUCCCUCCCCGUUUCCCGAUUCAAUUCCUCAUGGGUCCACUUUAAGCUCAUGGACUCCAUGGAGAAAGGCCCCUCUCCUGUCAAACCCGAACACGAUUCCGACAGUGAUAAUGAUGAUGACGACAACGACGAUGAUCAAGAUCUGUACCAGGAGAUUAACCACAACGGCCACACCCGGAGCUUGAACAAGUUGUACAGGAACGGGUUUCCGGGUGCCGGUGCCGGUGCCGGUGGAUUUAGGAUUCGAAUUCCCACCGGAAUGGGCGCGGCUCAACCUGGAUCUGGCUCCAAGGUUUUUGGGAAGGUUGGGAAUAAAAAAUUCAGCCCUAAUUUGAAUCAAAACCCUAACCCUAAUUUCGGGAAGAAGAGGGAGAGAGAUCCUCUGGGGGAGGUGGUGACUGCGAUUAAGGUUUUGGGAGAUGGGUUUGUGAGAAUGGAACAGAUGAAGAUGGAGAUGGCGAGGGAGAUUGAGAGCAUGCGGAUGGAGAUGGAAAUGAAGCGCACGGAGAUGAUUCUGGAGUCGCAACAACGGAUCGUUGAGGCCUUUGCCAAGGCCGUUUCAGAAAAGAAGAAGAAGGUCAAGACUGUGCCUUCGCCCCAGCAGCCCUAA